ACGUCUAUAUUUACUGAAUUGACGAGCUCCUAAAAUUUUCAUUGAUAGCUUGAUACAAGAUUUUUCUCCCGUCAUUCUGAAACAUGGCUUUUAAUGUGUUGGUUGUGUGUCUGAUAUGCCUAAUGAGAGGAACAUUUGCAACCAUCUUGAAUUCCGGCGAAAUAGAGAACGGAACGUGUCACUUGGAAACAUUCAGAGCAGACAUUUUGUUGGAUUAUGACGUCAAAGAUGUCCUCAUUAACAUCGUCACCAAAGACGAUGAUAAUAUGUUAGUCCACUGCUCCACAAUUAAUGACGCCCUAAAGUGUUUUGGUGCAGUGUACAACGAAAGCAGCAACAUUAUGACAUUCAGCACAAAAUUCAAUCACACUAAACACGCGGGGAAAACGAUGUGGGUUAAUACUACUUGCGUGAAUGGAACUGUCAUCAAAGAUCCUGUCCUGCUUAAACCAUGCGUAUCGGGUUUCACAAAAGAAGGACGACACCACAAUACCAGUCACGUGACUAUAUUAUGUGAGCACUCAUCCUUUAAGGCCUCGGACACCGGGAUACAUGUUCACUAUCAAAACAACACCUUGGCAACAUGUUGGUCACAGCAACACGCCUGUACUCCUGGAGCGACGGGUUUGACCAAUGGUGUUCAGUACACUACUCCAUAUAAACCUGGAAUGAAAUUCUCCUGUUCAUUGGACGGUCAGAAUAUUCCGAUUUCAGUACACGAACAAACAACCAAUAACCCAGCAGGAUCCACGUCUGAACAGAGCAAAAAAGGCUCUGGUGUCCGGGGGGCGUGGUCAGUGUUCUUGACCUUUGCCCUUCCUGUCCUCGUAUAUAUCCUUCAUGAUAUUUCUACAUGAAAACAGCUGGACAUACUCUCGGUAUCUUCUCGUGAUACCCAAACCCAGUGUAGUUUUCCUCGGCAUACCGUGAAUGACUGACUCUACUCUGAGGAAGCGAGAGAAGCGCCACACCCCGGAUGACUGACUCUACUCUAGCGAAGGGAAAUAAGACGGCACUCCGCACACCGUGAAUGACUGUCCCUCACUGGGAAAGAACGGGAGCAUUGUCAUAAUAUUCACGAAUCAUUCCUGCCCGUCGUCGGAACUGUCGAAAACUGUGUUCCUCCAAGAAUUCUGGUGUCUCAGUUUUUGUUGUAAAUAUUUUGAAAUCCCUCCAUAUGCUGCUUAAAUUAAUUCAGCCUUUCAUGAUCUUUACUUCUUGUGGUAAAAUAUUAUUAUUAUUUUAUUCAUUUAUAAAGCGUAAAAUUAUCUAUAGCUUCUAUGCGCUGUAUAUUCGUUUGGUGGUUUAUUUUUGUAUCCUUCUGGAGGCUUUUACAGCCAUUGAUUUUGUACAUGAAUAAGAAUGACUCUCUAUAUCCGCCACUUCAUAUAGGAUCUGGAUGUUUGUACGCCCAUUAAUGUUGUAAAUGGAUACUAAUUAUCCUUUAGAAUAAAAACGAAUCAAAAUGAA